AUGAUUUCAGCUUUGACUGUGGGUCUGCUUGCCCUUUGCUCGUCCACGUUCACUUUGACCUCGGCUUCAACUAUUCCACCUUACCCGAAGCCUGGCCAGACAGUCCUUAAAGAUGUACAUUCUGCGUCCUCGUCAGAGCAAGACCGUCCAGAGGAGCCAGGCUCACAUCUUCUGAGUCGACCCUCAUGGUUUGAAUCCGCUCUUCUCGCUCGCCGUCUUCUCGCCCAUUCCCCUUCCGGUGUCAUCUCCACCACCUUCCCGGAUCACAUUUCUGCCUCGUCACGUACCCCAAGCGAGGUGGCAGGGUUUCCGAUCGGAUUACGCGAGUAUAUCGCCGACUGCGAUAGUGUUCUCUCCACCGAUCUUGCCCACGGGGGGGAUGAGGGCGAUCCGACCAUUCUCGCUUUGCGCGUGGCCACCUCAUUUCGCAACAUUGGAGCUGGGUCGAAUCUCAGUCUCGAGAUUGACUGGUGGGAUCAUCUCUCUGACGCGGGCGCGGUAUAUCCAGGCCUGCCACCGAGUCCGGCUGCUUUGCCGCGCGUCACACUCUUUGGACAUUUGGAGACGUUGUCGAUUGCGGACUUAUCCUCAAGCACCAAUGAUGCCGCAGCGCGUCUGGAGAGGUGCUUUUUGGAAUCUCAUCCGGAUGCCAAAUGGUGGUUGCCCGGGGCUGUGGGAUCUCCGCAUUCGAGUUUCUGGGCGCGACUGGUGGUGACACAGGCAUACUGGAUUGGUGGAUUUGGAGAUGUUCAGCAGAUUGGAUGGAUUAACAUGACCGAGUGGAAGGGCAUUCGUCCUGAGCGGAGUCUCGAUGGAGUGGGUGAUGGUCGGGGGUGGAAAGAUGUGCGACUUCCGGGGAGAAGCAUCAUGCGUCAUGAUGGGGGGAACAUUCUGGGUAAUUUCCGUUGCAGAUAUACUGCAAGGCUUCUGUUAGCCAUGUAA